CUUGACUUCCGGUUACCUUUACGCACGUUUGUUUUGAAGAGUCAAGGUCUUCUCCUGUAUUAGAUGGUCCCGUCUCGCUCCAUCUGGGGAGUAUCUCAUGAUGCUUGUAUUGUGUUGUUAUUAUGAACAAUAAAAUCAACACAUAGAUAAAUGAAUGGAGAAUCGUAUAACGAUCUUAUAAUCUAUUAUAAUCGUGUAAUCGUUAUAACUUGAUGAACUCGCAAACAUCGUAGUCUCGUCAAGGAAAUGUUUUGUCAUUUUGCAUCUGCUUUGCAUGCUUUCACUCCUAUCUCCUCAGCGUCUUCGUGUGCUAUUUCGAAGGGGGAUGUGGAGCGCGAUAGCGGGGCCCUGCACGGGACCACGCCCGAGGGCAUAGCGCGCGGACGCCGUCGGCGGCGUCGCGCGCCCGGCGCCACCUCAGGUUCCGUGGCAACCGCGAGGAGUCGGAUUCAGGGAAUCUCAAAGUACAGUAUACCAGGUCAUCCCGUCUCAGAAGUUCCUAACCCCAUACUGAACAAGUCCAUCAGCUAACCACGGAGAAGGGCUUCAUGAAGAAGCUUAGCACGGACGAAGAAAUAUCGGUCUGCACUGCGGUGGUUUCUCGGUGAAGCGCGUUUUUCUCGGACACGCUGAGAUGGAGAAGAUGACCUGUGUUAGCCCCCUCAGUGGCAAAACCAUGUUCUGCCACCUUGACGCCCCAGCCAACGCCAUCAGUGUGUGUCGGGAUGCUACACAGGUGGUGGUUGCCGGGCGCAACAUCUUCAAGAUUUAUGCGAUGGAGGAGACAGGUUUCGUGGAACGGCUAAACCUGCGCGUGGGCCGCAAGCCCUCACUCAACUUCAGCUGCGCUGACGUCAUGUGGCACCAAUCGGACGAGAACCUGCUGGCCACGGCAGCCACCAAUGGCGCCGUGGUGACCUGGAACUUGUCGCGGCCGUGCCGUAACAAGCAGGAGCUGCUAUUCACCGAGCACAAGCGCACCGUCAACAAGGUGUGCUUCCACCCCAGCGAGGCGCACAUGCUCCUAUCUGGCUCACAGGAUGGCUUCAUGAAGUGCUUUGACCUGAGGAAGAAGGAGAGCGUUAGCACCUUCUCUGGUCAGUCAGAGAGCGUUCGAGACGUGCAGUUCAGCAUGAAGGACUAUUUCACUUUCGCCGCAUCAUUUGAGAAUGGCAACGUGCAGCUCUGGGACAUCCGCAGACCUGACCGCUAUGAGAGGAUGUUCACCGCUCACACAGGCCCAGUGUUCUGCUGUGACUGGCACCCAGAUGACAGGGGGUGGCUGGCCACAGGUGGACGGGACAAGAUGGUCAAGGUGUGGGACAUGACAACCAACCGCGCCAAGGAGAUCCACUGUGUGCAGACCAUCGCCUCUGUGGCGCGGGUCAAAUGGCGUCCGGAGCGCCGCUGGCACCUAGCAACCUGCUCCAUGAUGGUGGACCACAACAUCUAUGUGUGGGAUGUGCGCAGACCCUUCAUCCCCUUCGCCACCUUCGAAGAGCACAAGGACGUGGCCACGGGGGUGGCGUGGCGGCACCCACACGACCCCUACGUGCUGCUGUCCGGCUCCAAGGACAGCACGCUGUACCAACACAUGUUCCGGGAUGCCAGCCGGCCCGUGGACCGCGCCAACCCCGAGGGCCUGUGCUUCGGCCUGUUCGGAGACCUGGCCUUCGCCGCCAAGGAGAGCCUCAUGGCGGGCGAUGCUGGGCGGAAGCCGUAUCCGGGCGGUGACCGCCGUUACCCCAUCUUCUUCUUCAAGAAGCCUGACGUGACCGAACAGUUUGCACAGGUGUCCAGCGCACUAAGCGUGUUUGAGUUUGAGGCGAAUGGCGGGGAUGAGGGCAGGGGGCGGAUGGACUGGUUCGUUGAAACGGCCCGCAGGUACCUGCUGACGGGCAAGCCCUUCGCCGAGCUCUGCGACCACAAUGCCAAGGUUGCCAAGGAGCUGAACAGACCUCAGGUGUCGACCACAUGGACCAUGCUGCGGAUCAUGUAUUCUGACCCGGGUAACCCGGCCACUCCUGCCAAUCACAACAUUAGCAAACUGGGGAACAUCCCCCUCAUGAUCAGUUUGAAGGAGAUGAGCUCCGCCCUGAAUGAGAGAAACAAAGAGAACCGGGUGGACAACCUCCACAACCUGGAGACGAACCUCAACAUUGAUGAGAAUGAAGAGACAGAGGGUAGUGAGGGUCAGGCUGAGUAUCUGUUUGGAGAUGCAGAGCUGGAUGAUGAUGACCUCUACAGCAUGGAGCAUGACAACCAGACGGAGGAGCCAGAGUACAUCCUACCCCAGGAAGCAUUCCCGCUCCGACACGAGAUCGUGGACCACCCGUCUGCACCAGAGCCACCGGCGGAGAAGCCGGAGUCGCCACAAGUGAGUGGCGGCGAGACCGAGGGCUCCUGCCUCACGCCCAUGGAGUCCUUCAGCCUGAUCUCGGUGUCGCAGCUGCUCUUCCAGCCACGCCUGCCGCCGGGCUUCUUCAGCCCUGUGGUGCGCGCCGCACUAACCCACUACGCUGAGCUGGGCGACGUGCAGAUGGCUGUCUCCGCCCUCAUCGUGCUCGGGGAGCGAAUCCGCAAGGAGGUCGAUGAGCUCACACAGGAACACUGGUACAUGUCCUACAUUGAGCUGCUGCAGCGGUUCGAGCUGUGGAACGUCAGCAAUGAGGUGAUCAAACUGAGCACGUGCAGUGCGAUCACAUGUUUAAACCAGGCAUCCACCACACUGCACAUCAACUGCAGCAACUGCAAACGACCCAUGAACAACAAGGGUUGGAUCUGUGACAGGUGCCACCAGUGUGCGAGUGUGUGCGCAGUGUGCCACCAUGUGGUGAAAGGCUUGUUCGUGUGGUGUCAGGGUUGCAGUCACGGAGGCCAUCUGGAGCACAUGAGGGAGUGGCUGAAGCACUCCAACCACUGCCCCGCUGGGUGCGGACACCUGUGUGAAUACACCUGACACCCACCCCUACUCCUCAAGAGCUCCAACCACUGCCCUGCUGGGUGUGGACACCUGUGUGAAUACACCCGAGAUGAACAGACCCACCCCUAAAGAGCUCCAAUUACUGCCCUGCUUGGUGUGGAGACCUGUGUGAAUAGACCCGAGAGGUGCGGUUGCAUGUGCGCAUGUGCGCACACACACCCCUACAAAACUCUAGCUACUUCUUUACUGGCUGUGGACACCUAAGUGAAUUCACCUGUCACACACAUACCCAAACAAUACACAUAUCCUGCCCUAAAGUACAUUAGGUAUGCUGUCUGUCUCACACACACACACAGGGGUAGGGGUGUGUGUGUGGGGGGGGGGGGGGUGUUGGAGGUGUUGAAGAGUGCACCAGCCGUGAGUACUAAGGCAAGAAAAUGAGAAAACCUACAUAUACAUUGAUCACCCCCCCUCCCUCUCUCACACACCUGUACCCCCACACACAUACCUACCCACCCACAGAUAACCCCAGCUCAUAACAAGCAGCGUGUGUGUCUUUAUUACAGCCUGAUGGACUUAGACGGAGGGACUGUUGUAAAGGCUGAACAUGCCAUAUGAAUGCAUGCAGAUCUGUGAAUCAGGUUUAUGUUCACUGUGUAAAUAUUUCCAGCUCAGGAAUCUGAGAGCUUUUGGACCAGCAAUUAUGUGUUCCUUCAGGACUAUAGUAUCCUCACAAUAAACCUGGUUCUUUUGCUGUCCCAUACCAUUCAUGGAUGUAAACCUGUUUCACACUUACUGCAUGUACAGGGUAGGAUGGUUGCUUGAUUUGGUACAGGAGCAUUACCUUAAUAAGAUUCCAGGGAGUAACAGGUAAAAGGUAAGAAGUAGUCAAAACGUCAGCGUAAUACACAAGGUUUCCAGGAAAUGGUACAUUUCAGACAUAGAUCCUGAAGUUCUAAAAAUGUAGAUCAGUUAUUUUUCCGUACAUUUCCAAACUUCGUUGCUGCCAUAGCAACUGGCAGUGCAAACAGACACACCUUUAAUGAAAAGUCCACCAUCAUUAAAAUGACUUGCCACUGGAAACAACAAAUGCUUAAUUCUGAUGGACUGAAGGAGUUUUGUUUUUUCCACUGUAAAAAUGGUUAUUUCUCUUACCAGUAAUACAGUGGACAACAACUGCAGUUGCUUGAUGAGGAAUGAGGGAAAACAAUUGAUCCUUUCACUCGUUAUUUUUGUGGCUGUGUUCAUACAUUUACAUGUUGCACAUCUAAGCGGUUGCAGGCUACAGUACCACAGCCAUUAUUUGAAUGAUCAUUGAUCUCACUCUUGAUGAACAUCUCUCUGAUGUGUUUGUCUCAUCUGUAGGGGAUCCUUAAAAAGGAAUGCAGUCUCUGUAUUAUCCUGGAGGAUUCUUAAGUGUUUAAUAGGCAGUGUUUUAUUUGUAGGAUAAGUGAUAAAAGGAAUUAUUGUCUUAGCUGCAGAUUGUUUAUAGGUCAGUGCAUCCAUUCAUUCAACAGGUAAAACAUGAGCAAAAGCAUCAGUCUUGGAAAUCCAAAGAUCUGAAAAUAUUCACACAUUUUUCCACUUUUCUUGGAGUCUUCAUUCUUACUGCAAAUGUGUUUAGAAGUUAGUAGUUGUAGGGGAUUGCAUUUUUUGCAGUGCUUGGGAUGGGAGGAGAGUUAAAAGUGUCAAAAGUGUCAGAAUAUAUAUAAUUUAUUUUUUCA